GUUCGAAAUGUUAUCUAAUUGUUAUUACCAUUUUACCCUUACUCCGUCGUUUAUCCACUCAGCUUGAACUGCCAAAAAAAAAAAAAGCUGAUGAUGUUUGCACGGUGCUGUCUUCUCCCGCCGCCGUUUAUCUCCGCCGUGAGAACCCGAUGUUUCGCCAGCGAAACUUCCGACACCGGCCUUCUCUUCCGAGAAAAGCUCAUCUACCUCCAGGACCUCAACGUCGACCCUCACAAAGCCCUCCGAGUAAACCCCUCUCUCCGCGCCGCUCCCAUCUCCUCCGUCGUCUCCGUCGAAACCCUCCUCUCCUCAAUCGGUCUCUCGAGACCCGCCGUCGGUCGGAUCCUCGACAUGUUCCCCGAUCUGCUAACCUCAGACCCCGAAUCCGACAUCUUACCGGUGCUUCGCUUCUUAUCCGACGAGAUCUACCUUUCCGACGAAGACAUCCCGAAGUCGAUAACCCGCUGCCCUCGACUCCUCAUCUCCUCCGUCGACUUCCAGCUCCGUCCUGCGUUAGCCUUCCUCAAAACCCUAGGAUUCGUGGGGCGCGACACGGUCACGUCGCGGAACACUGUGCUGCUGGUUUCGAGCGUGGAGCGAACUCUAAUCCCCAAAAUCGAGUUCCUUGAGGAAGGGCUAGGGUUUACGAGGGAUGAGGUGGCGAAGAUGGUGGUGAGGUCUCCGGCGCUGUUGACGUACAGCGUGGAGAACAAUUUGGCUCCGAAAGUCGAGUUCUUUAUGGAGGAGAUGCGUGGAGAUGUCAAGGAGCUGAAGAGGUUUCCUCAGUACUUUUCUUUUAGCUUGGAGAGGAAGAUUAAGCCGAGGCAUAGGUUGCUUAAGGAGCACGGGAUCUUGAUGCCCUUGUCGGAGAUGUUGAAGGUUAGUGAUGGACAGUUUAACCUUUGGCUUGUGGAACUUCGUCUUAGGUCUGUUGAAAGGAGAUUGUAAAAGGUUUCGUCUUUUUGUGUGUAUUGAGCUUGUUUUGUGUUCUCUUUUGCUGAGAAUUUGCACUUUGAGACACUUCAGUUGAGCUUGAAUAGAGUUAGGUAAAUGUUUUGUAAGAUCAUGGAAGUAUGUAUUUGAGGAUUCAAAGUUAUGAGGAAAGUUUCGUUUAA